UGAAUAGUUCCUGAAGGCACUGUAGCUACCUAACCAAGUACAGCCAUCUGGGAGAGGGACCAGUAUGUUCAGCAACAUGAAGUUGGUAGAAUUUGUUUUGAACUGUAGAAACGUGUACCUACUGUCUCCAGCGUCUGAUGUUCUCACUCCUUCUCCAGGUGUGUCACGCUGAGCUGCACCUGGCCACCUGUUUCCAGCCUGUUAACGGACGUAUCCAACUGCAGGUCCUCGCUGCCCAGAACCUCCCAGCUCCACUCAGCCAGGCGUUCUUUGUGAAGAUAGAGAUGCACCUGCCGGGCAGGGUGGUGAUGAAGAAGAAGACUCACGCCCUGAAGUCUUCCGGAGGUCAGCUGACCUGGACUGAGUCUUUCUACUUCCCCUUAUCUCUGGACCAGGACUUCCUGCUGUCAGUCAAAUUCUACAGCCGCAGUCAUGUCAGACGGAAACGCUACCUAGGACAGGUUCACCUUGGCUUCGACAGCCCGACACAGGAAGCAGCGGAGCAGUGGAGGGACAGCAUGUCUCACCCUGAGAAGGUGGUGGCUGUAUGGCACAGACUCAACGGAUUCUGACACACCUGUAUAAAUUCACACAGUGUCCCUAAAGGAGUUGACAGCCUCACCUGUACCGCCAUCCAGUGGUGUAAAGUACUUAAGUAAUAAUACUUUAAAGUACUACAUAAGACGUUUUUGAAGGUAUCUGUACUUUACUUUACUAUUUAUAUGUUUGCCAACUUUUACUUUUACUUCACUAAAGAAAAUAAGGACCUUGUAUUAUUUUGUAAAUAAAGUAUGUAGCUAACACAUUUAUGUUGCAUAGACUUGUUUUUGUGUAGUGUCCUAUGUUGUAUGUUCAGUUGAUAUAAUAUAAUAUUUUAGAUGACAGAUAUUUGGCGGCAGGUAGCCUAGUGGUUAGAGCAUUGGGCCAGUAACCGAAAUGUUGCUAGUUCGAAUC